CUUGGGUGUCUGUCUUAUCGGUGGGCCCCCAGGCACCAGCUCCUCCCUCACUACUGUAACAACCAGCGCAGGAUUAUCGCCGCCGUCAUCGGGGUUGUUAUCGACCUCCCUCUUCCCCCAACCGAGAUCCUAGGAGAUAAAUCAGAGUCCCGGCGACCUUUUUCCCAUAUAUUACCCUCUCACAAGCCCUGACCACCAAAUCAUCUACCGUCGGGUGCUAUCACCACCGCGAAAUCGAGAUUUAGAGAGCGGAGAUCCGUCGUUGGCGAGCUUGCAAAUCGCGGUUACCUAGGUCUUGGCGUGGUGUUCUGGUGCGGUGGCAUGGUGCCUAGGAGCCUCGACUGCCAUCAAUUCCGCCGCUGGACCGUUGAAGCUUGGGCGAUUGCUCGCCGGACUUGGGAAUUGUCGUUGUGCCGUGCUGCGUCGGGGACCGAGCUCAUCUCAAUCAAAUCACCGGUGUCUGGACAAGCAGCAACAGUUUCUGUGAUGACUGACUGGUGUGCCUUUUAUGGCUGCAGAUUCCUCGACUGGCAGUUCGCAUUGAUCUUCGGUCCAACAGUCAUUUUGCCCCCAAAAGAGUCGACAUAUAUUUUCUACUCGUUGAGUCAAGAACAGGUACCGCAAGAUGAGGCGCAUGGAGGAUGCUAUGACGAGUUCGUGAGAGGUCUAGACCAUCGUCUCCCAGUCAACUUGGGUUGCUGGAUUGUUGUCUCCUUAUGAUGUAAUUAUUUAUUUAUUUUGUAUAGAACUCUUAUUAUAUAGUAAAGAUAUGACAUUUAUUUCUGUACCA